GCUACGUUUUUAGGAGCUCAAUAUUUUAGUUAUGAUUUAUCAAGUCGAGGAGAUCCUAUAGUUAGUAAUAAUGAUCAGAUCUCACUUGAUUUCCGUACAAAACAAUCUAAUGGCCUUUUAUUCUUUACUGGUGAUUCUACAGAUUAUUUAAACGUUGCUAUGAAAGAUGGAGGAAUUAUUUUAACGAUAAACCUCGGAUCAGGAGCGUAUGAAACAGAAGUCCGUCCUAGUCAUGUACGCUUCGAUGACAAUAGGUGGCACCACUUGCUCAUCAAACGAGAAGCAAGGGAGGUAAGAAUUGGAGCAAAUUUUUUUGUACUUUACGCUAGAUUUUUUGAAUAA